AUGAAAGAUAAUCGCACGGGAGCUGGUUACUCCCAAUGGCCGUUUCAAAGAGCUUUCAAAAGAUUUACAUAUGACCACAACAGCGCAGGGGCAGCUGAUUCCGUUAAACGAACUCUUAGACAAAGGUUUAAGAGUAUUCGGAAAGAAAGAGACGGUCACAGAAUUAGAAAAUGGAAAAACAAUAAAACCCCUGCUUCAAAGAAAACUGGACGCAUCCUUGGGGAGCCAUUUGACCAAGAUGUUUCAUCAGGCGAAUUGAGGAUCAUCAGUGGUAUCAGCUGCUUUGAAGAUGCUGACGAAAAUGGUGAUGAAAACGACUACGAGUAUCGAGAUGAGCCCUCACUUGAAGAAAUUCCCAUCCAGAACAGUGCUGGCUGUGGAGUUGUCGGUCCAUCAAAAUUAACUUUCAAGGAACAACGAGAACUUCUGAGAUAUCAAAAAAGCGAACACUAUAACUUAUCCAGAGCAGCAUUCGUAUUGGAUUCAAAAGAAUUUGCGAGUAAUGAAAGCAUCUAUCCAUCGCACGAAAAUAGUUUGAAAGGUAAUCACCUAGGUCCUGAUUGCGCUACAAGUGAAUGUUAUGGAAGUAGUACACUAAAACGUUUUCAAUACUCACUUUUAUCGAUGUUCAAACUUGCGAACAAGAAUACGACUGAGCAGUAUAGUGAUAGACCAACUUCGAAGAAUCAAUUCAAUGUCUCAGUCCCACAAUCCGACUUUGCUAUCAAAAUGAGCAUGUCGUACUUUAGUCAUAUUCCCACAGUGUUUACCGAUUUCAAAACAGAGGAGGACUCACCUUAUGGCAACCAUGCUAAAUACUUCAUAUAG